AUGGCGGGCCGAGUUUUUCAUUCGCUCGUCUUUGUUGCCGCCACGUUCGCACCGGCGGUCUUUGCUCAGACCAAGUGCGGCGGUGGUGUUCUGUGUCCAUCAGAUACACCGUGCUGUUCACGGGGAUGUGAUCCCGUCAACUCGUUCAGCCUCGAUUCCUGCGUUCCUGCGCCUGUCUGUCAAUCCAAAACCUAUGACUUUAAUGAUCUCGACGGCGUCAUGCCCAACACCAAGUAUCUAGGAGAUGCUUCUAAAGCUGACUGGGUCUCUUCCGGCGACCCCUUGGAAUACAACAACUCGGUGCUCCUGACCAUGGCAGAAGGAACUGUGGGGACCCUGCUGUCUAGCACGCACUUUGUGUGGUAUGGCAAGGUCAGCGCCAGAUUUGCCACGUCUGCAGGCGCCGGUGUGGUCACUGCGUUCAUUCUGCUCGGCAACUCCAAGGACGAAAUCGACUUUGAGUUCGUCGGCACCCAACUAACAAGUGCUCAAACAAACUUCUACUCUCUGGGUGUACCAGUCUAUACCAACGGCGGCAACACCACCGGCCUCUCGGACGUGCACGCCAAUUUUCACGACUAUGAGAUUGACUGGCAACCUGAGAGCAUUACUUGGUCGAUUGACGGCAAACCAGUCCGGACGCUAAACCGUGAAGACACCUGGAACGCGACGGACAACCGAUAUUACUACCCUCAAACCCCGUGCCAAGUGCAGCUGUCAUUGUGGCCUGGCGGUCUCCCAACCAACGGCGAAGGUACCAUCGAAUGGGCCGGAGGUCUUGUGGAGUGGGACUCGCCGUACAUGACCAAUGGCUACUACUUUGCCCAGUUCGACUCGGUCUCGGUCGAGUGCUACGAUCCACCCUCAGGCGCAAAUGUUCAAGGCACCAAGUCUUACAUCUUUACAGACGACGCCUUGACUAAUGCCAGCGUCGAAAUCACCAACCAAAAUACCGUGCUCAAGUCAUUCCUUGGGACUGGCACCAACACGUCGGCCGGCUCUUCUAGCAACAGCGCCAGCGCCAGCGGCUCUGCCAAGACCAGUGAAGUGGCCACGAUUCCUGGACUUUCUGGUGUUGGUACUGGCAGCAAUGGCGGGCGUGGCGACAACACCACGGACAAUAGUGGAAGCGGAGACGACGGUGGUUCUGGAGGAUCGGGAGAUAGCAGUGCCAGCGCCUCAGGAGCUGCAUCGACGGGUUUCGUGCAGGGUGACGGAGGUGACUCUUCAUCCAACGGUGCAGGCCAAAUUGGCGGCAACAGCGAGACUGUCCUCAAGGGCAGCUUGUUUGCAGUGGUUGUUGCGUUGGUUGGGUUGUGCAUUUUGUAA